CCCCGGGCCGGCCCCCGCGCCGCACUCGCCCCGCAGCCGCCCCGCUGGCCAUGGGCUCCCGCCUGUCCCUGGACGACUCCGUGCGGGUCGUGGUGGUCGGGGGUGGCUUCGGAGGGACGGCGGCCGCCAGCCUGCUCAAGUCGUGGGCCGUCCCUUUCGUGCUGGUGGAUGUGAGAGAUGCUUUCCAUCACAACGUGGCCGCCCUCCGUGCCGCCGUGGAGAGCGGAUUUGCCAAGAAGACUUUCAUCUCCUACUCGGUCACCUUUGGGGACAGCUUCCGACAAGGCAAGGUCGUGGGCAUAGACCCUGGGAGACAAAAAGUCCUGCUCAGUGAUGGCGAGGAGCUUCACUACUCCCAUCUCAUCAUUGCAACAGGCAGCGAUGGGCCAUUCCCUGGGAAGUUCAACCAAGUCAUUGACAUGCAAAGUGCCAUCCAGACCUAUGAAGACAUGGUUAAAGAGAUUGAGAAAUCUCAGCGCAUCCUGGUGGUGGGAGGUGGUGCUGCUGGAGUGGAGAUGGCUGCCGAGAUCAAAACGGAGUACCCGGACAAGGAGGUCAUCCUCAUUCACUCCAAACCUGCACUGGCUGACGUGGAGCUGCUACCCAGCGUCCGUCAGGAGGUGAAAGAGAUUCUCCUCAGGAAAGGAGUCAGGCUUCUGUUAGGUGAAAAGGUCAGUGACAUAGGAAACCUCAGGCCAAACCAGUUCCAGAAAGACACGGUAGUAAGGACAGAGAGGGGCACCGAGGUGGUUGUUGACAUGGUGGUGCUGUGCACAGGGAUAAAGAUUAACUCUUCUGCAUAUGCUGCUGCAUUUGGUGACAAAAUGGCAAGCAAUGGUGCUUUGAAAGUAAACAAGUACCUCCAGCUGGAAGGCUAUGAGAACAUCUAUGUCAUUGGGGACUGUGCAGAUCUCCAAGAGCCCAAGAUGGCCUACCAUGCUGGGCUCCAUGGCAACGUCGUGGUGACAAAUAUCAUCAACAGCCUGACACAGAAGCCUCUCAAAACCUACCAGCCAGGGUCACUAACCUUCCUGCUCUCCAUGGGCAGGAAUGACGGUGUAGGCCAGCUGAAUGGUUACUAUGUGGGACGUCUCCUGGUCACCGUGGCCAAGAGCCGGGAUCUGUUUGUCUCCAAGAGCUGGAAGACCAUGGGACAGACAAUGCCCUCCUAAAAGGGCCCCAGUAACAAACCAGAGAGGAGGACAGCAACUGGAAGAGGGUGAGGGUGCACUGCUAUUGCUUGGACUGACUGAUACUGUCCUCUGCAGCACCUCCUCAAGCCCCCUGUCACCCUGACACAUAAAAAGGGUUGCCUGCCUUGCUGGGAAGGGGAAGGAGGCACUUCCCAAACUGCACAGAAGUUGCCAUGAUAAAAACCAGGGAAGAAAUGUUUCUUUUACUCCCCCUGCUGAGAGAGCUCUGAGCAACAAGCUUGGUUUACCUUGAUGUGUAACAAUAAACACUGUGGUUUUCAGAA